UUCCUCCUCUCAACCCAAUUCUACAUACAUACAUCUCUAGGCUAGUAGGCUGUAGCUCCAUUACAUAUCUCCUUCAACUUGUAAUAAUGCAUUAAUUUCCAGCCCCUGUAAAUGGAAGCUAGAGGAAUGGGAGUGGGUCUGUUAGCACUAGUUGUGGCCAUGCACUGGGAAGGAGCAGCAACCCAAUCUUCAAGAUGCAUGAGCGUCAUAGUCAGCAUGUCUCCUUGCCUGAACUACAUUACUGGGAACUCACCAACCCUCCCAUCAUCCUCAUGCUGCUCCCAGCUCGCCAAUGUUGUCCAAUCCACGCCACAAUGCCUGUGCGAGGUCCUUAAUGGUGGUGCAUCUUCUCUGGGGAUUGUCAUCAAUCAAACGCAGGCUCUGACUCUCCCCAAUGCUUGCAAUAUCCAAACACCUCCAGUUAGCUUGUGCAAUGCAUCUCCGGCUGGAACGCCUGACUCCAAUACCAUACCAGUAGCACCAGCAGCAACGCCAGAUGCCAACUCUACACCAGAAGUGCCAGCAGGCACCCCAGCAGUGCCAAGCAUUCCCUCAGGAGGCGGAUCUAAGACUGUUCCAUCAACAAGUGGGAACACAUCUGAAGGAAGUUCCACCACCAAAUUGACCUUUUCUAUGCUCUUCUUCAUUUUCUUUUCUGCAUCUUAUGCUUCAACCUUCACCAGCUUCUGAGUUGUCUCAACUAUGAAGUGUCCUGUCAUUGCAUUCCCUCUUUCUCUUCGCAGACAAACCUGGGAAAUUGUUUAGAUUUGUAAAGUAACUAGUUAUGGGCUGGCAUUCUAAUAAUUUGUACUAUGUCUCAAAUCUUAGAAGAGAAUCUGUGUGCUCUAUGGUUAUUUUUUAUAACCAGAAAUACUAGAAGACAUUUUUCUUUUUUUUCCUUUUUUUCCCUCAUUUUGGUUGCCAAGGAAUGAAGAAUGUUGCAUGAUCAGUACGCUGAACCUAUGUUAUUUUGGGUGUGAGAGAUAUUUAGACAAAAGGAAACUGGCUAAUGAGAUCAUGGCAGCUUUUGGUUGCAUCUGGA